AGAGACACAGAGAGAGAGAGAGAGAGAGAGAGAGAGAGAGAUAAAUACAACACACUUGACUCAUUUGUUUUAAUGUGUCCAGUAGAAAUGAGAGUCAACAUGCCUCUUCCCUGGUCCGUCAGCGUACUUCUCCUCAGCUCUGUUCUCGGAUUGCCUGUCGAUUAUAACAACACGGGAAACUCCACGAGCUCUGAUGAUUUGACAUUAAAGCCAUACAACAUCUCCCAUAAUCUAUCAACGACUAAUAGAAUUGCAGUAUCCUACUGUUAUUUACCCACAUGCAGCGUACAUAAGCUGGAUGAAAUCGUUCAUAAAGGAGAUGAAACCGCAGACAAGAAAACACAAGAUCCGUAUGGACCGGGCAAGAAAUGAGAAGCUGAAGCAAGGAUCUGAAGAAAUCAUCACUUACACUGCUAACGUGAACCUUGUAACCAUGAAAGUUCAGACGACACUAACCGCUGCAGACGUGAAUAGCCACUACAGCACCAGUCAAUCAUGAUUAUUCUUUUUAUUGUCAUUGGUUUAAUAAUGAAGAUUAGACAGGAGACUAAAAGAGACUGAUGGCAAAUGAGACGUUCAGUAGAAAGUUCUAGCAGGUUGCUUCUGGUCUGAAAAGUUAUAACAAGCUGAACAAAUCAGUCAAUGUAAAAAGAAUCUGAAAUAAAUUUUUAAAUGUU